AUUAUUAUUAUCAACACUUUUGAUUCCUUCCUCCACACACACUCACGCCACUUCUUCCUCCUCUCCUCACGCUCCACCUAUCGUGAUUCCUAUACUCGAUUUCGAUUUGUUAUCCGUUUGUUUGAUGACGAUGGAGGAUCCGGAUAUCAAGAAGUGCAGAUUGAGCUCCGUGACGGUCGAUGACGUCAUCGAGCAGGUCAUGCCUUACAUAACCGAUCCGAAAGAUCGAGACUCCGCUUCCCUCGUGUGCCGGAGGUGGUUCGAGAUCGACUCCGAGACGAGGGAGCACGUGACCAUGGCACUAUGCUACACCUCGACUCCUGACCGUCUCAGCCGUAGGUUUCCGAAUCUGAGGUCGAUUAAGCUCAAAGGGAAGCCGAGAGCAGCUAUGUUCAAUCUCAUCCCCGAGAACUGGGGAGGGUUUGUUACCCCUUGGGUCAACGAGGUAGCUUCAUCUCUGCCAAGGCUCAAGUCUGUGCAUUUUAGGCGGAUGAUUGUCAGCGAUUUGGAUCUUGAUGUUUUGGCUAAGGCGAGGUUGGAUGAGCUCGAGGCGUUGAAGCUCGAUAAGUGCUCAGGUUUCUCUACGGAUGGACUUUUCAGCAUCGUUAAGCACUGCAGGAAAAUGAAAACAUUGUUAAUGGAAGAGAGUUCUUUUGUUGAAAAGGAUGGUAACUGGCUGCAUGAACUUGCUCUGCACAACACUUCUCUUGAGGUUCUAAAUUUCUACAUGACUGAGUUUGCAAAAAUCAAUGCCAAAGACUUGGAAAGCAUAGCUAGAAAUUGCCGCUCUCUGGUUUCUGUGAAGAUCGGUGACUUUGAGAUGUUGGAACUAGUCGGGUUCUUUAAAGCUGCAACUAAUCUUGAAGAAUUUUGUGGCGGCUCCUUCAAUGAAGAAAUUGGAAGACCGGAGAAGUAUAUGAAUCUGACUUUCCCUCCAAAACUAUGUUGUCUUGGCCUUUCUUACAUGGGACCUAAUGAAAUGCCAAUACUGUUUCCAUUCGCUGCCCAAAUCCGGAAGCUGGAUCUGAUCUAUGCAUUGCUCGCAACUGAGGAUCAUUGUACACUUAUUCAAAAGUGUCCUAAUUUGGAAGUUCUCGAGACAAGGAAUGUAAUUGGAGAUAGGGGUCUAGAGGUUCUUGGACAGUGCUGUAAGAAGUUGAAGCGGCUGAGGAUUGAACGGGGUGAAGAUGAACAAGGAAUGGAGGAUGAAGAAGGCCUAGUAUCACAAAGAGGAUUAGUCGCUUUGGCUCAGGGCUGCCAGGAGCUAGAAUACAUGGCGGUGUAUGUCUCAGAUAUAACCAACGAGUCUCUCGAAAGCAUAGGCACAUAUCUGAAAAACCUCUGUGACUUCCGCCUCGUCUUACUCGACCAAGAAGAGAGAAUAACAGAUCUGCCACUAGACAACGGAGUCCGAUCCCUCUUGAUCGGAUGCAAGAAACUCAGACGGUUUGCAUUCUAUCUCAGACAAGGCGGCUUAACAGACGUGGGGUUAAGCUACAUCGGACAGUACAGUCCAAACGUGAGGUGGAUGCUUCUCGGUUACGUUGGUGAAUCAGACGAAGGCCUAAUGGAGUUCUCAAGAGGAUGUCCGAAACUACAGAAGCUGGAGAUGAGAGGUUGUUGCUUCAGCGAGCGAGCAAUAGCUGCAGCGGUACUGAAAAUCCCUUCGCUGAGAUACCUGUGGGUACAAGGCUACAGAGCAUCAACGACGGGACAAGACCUGAGGCUAAUGUCUAGACCGUACUGGAACAUCGAGCUGAUUCCGGCAAGAAAAGUCCCAGAAGUGAAUCAGCUUGGAGAGGUGAGAGAGAUGGAGCAUCCUGCUCAUAUACUGGCUUACUACUCUCUGGCUGGUGAGAGAACAGAUUGUCCACCAACUGUUAAAGUCCUGAGGGAGGCAUGAUGAUGAUGAUGAUGAUGAUGAAAAGCAGGUUUGUACAUAAAGAUUUGGUUUUGAGGUUUCCACGAACUGUCGAAUGGAUUCUAUUUUUCUUUAUUGGUGUAUUGUCUGUAGUUUUGAGAGAUUCCAUAAAGACUUUUGAGAGAUUGAAAUAAGAAGAGAGAAAACUAGUCUAUUCAGAAGA